UGAUUCAUGUUUCACCAAACUGAUUGUAAGAUAGCAUGAUCUUGUGCAUUCCUGCUGAUAGGCAUUAGUCUUUGACAAUGGGGAGAGGUCUUCUGUUUUAUAUUCUGCUGGCAAUCAUUCCUGCUGUUGGAUCAUAUGAUUUUUUAAUAAGUAAUGUCAGGAAUAUCAAGAAAAGAAAUGUUGCAGAUAAUAACAUGGAAGGCAUCGAUAUUUGUAGCAUGAAAAUUGAUUCCCAUGUUACAUCUCGAUUUGCUCAUAAUAUGAUCACCAGUCGAGCCAUCAACCGUGGCAAUGUGUCUAUGGAAGCCUUCUUUGAUGUGGAGCUCCCAAAGACAGCAUUCAUCACAAACUUCAUCAUGAUAAUUGAUGGCGUCACAUAUCCAGGAACUAUAAAGGAAAAAGAAGCUGCUCAAAAACAGUAUCAACAAGCAGUUUCAAGAGGACAAACAGCUGGUCUAGUAAAGGCUUCUGGGAGGAAGACAGAAAAAUUCAGUGUUUCAGUCAAUAUUGCAGCAGCCAGUGAAGUGGUAUUUGAGUUGAUCUUUGAGGAACUGUUGAAGCGAAGAUUUGGCUUUUAUGAGAUGUUAAUAAAAGUCAACCCAAAGCAGCUUGUCAAUAACUUUGAGAUUGAGGUCAACAUCUUUGAACCCCAGGGCAUCAGUUACCUGGAAGCUGAAGGCUCAUUCAUCACCAAUGACCUGUUACCAGUGAUACAGAAGUCUUUGUCAGGAAAAAAGGGCCAUGUGUCUUUCAAGCCAACACUCGAUCAACAACGGACCUGUGUAAACUGUCUAACGACACUACUGAAUGGAGAUUUUGUCAUAAAGUAUGAUGUGAACAGAGAAUCUCCAGGUGAUAUACAGAUUGUCAAUGGAUACUUUGUUCACUUUUUUGCACCGAAAAAUAUUUUACAUUUGCCUAAGAACAUUGUUUUUAUUAUAGAUGUCAGCAUCUCCAUGAGGGGACGAAAACUAGAACAGACAAAAGAAGCACUGCUAAAAAUAUUAGAAGAUAUAAAAGAAGAGGACCACUUGAACUUUGUAUUGUUUGGGAGUGAUGUACACAAAUGGAAAAACACCUUAAUCAAAGCCACUCCUGAGAAUCUGAAUGAAGCAAGGCGUUAUGUUCAGCAGAUUUAUAUAGCCGGAUGGACAAAUCUUAAUGGUGGCUUACAGACUGGUAUUCAAAUGCUGAACGAGGCUCAUAAAAAUGGCUCUUUGCCUGAAAGAAGUGCUUCUUUAAUUAUUAUGUUAACAGAUGGCAGACCCACUAAAGGAGAAUUAAACACCGAUGUCAUUUUAGAUAAUGUCAGAAAUGCAAUUCAAGGAAAGUAUCCUUUAUAUAAUCUUGGGUUUGGCUAUGAUCUGGACUAUGGAUCUUUAGAAAAGAUGGCAUCGGAGAACAAUGGAUUGGCUCGGCGUAUCUAUGAAGAUUCUGAUUCUGCUCUGCAGCUGCAGGGCUUUUAUGAUGAAGUGGCCAAUCCCUUACUUACUGAAGUGGAGUUACAGUACCCUGAAAAUGCCAUUUCUGAUCUGACUCAAAAUCAUUUUAAACACUAUUAUGAUGGCUCUGAAAUUGUUGUGGCUGGACGCAUCAUAGACAACGACCUCAACAGUAUUACUGCAGAUGUGAAAGCUCAUGGGGCUGAAGAUGACCUAACCUUCUCUGAACAAUCAGAUAUUAAUGAAACAGCCGAAGUUUUGGAAGAGCAGAAGUACAUAUUUGGGAAUUACAUGGAGAGACUCUGGGCUUACCUUACCCUUCAACAGCUUUUGGAAAAACGGAAUUCAGCAAAGGGAGAUGAAAAGGCUAAUCUUACUGCCAAAGCCCUGGACAUGUCUCUGAAAUACAAGUUUGUGACUCCUCUGACAUCCAUGGUGGUCACAAAGCCAGAAGACAAUAUCGAUAAAGCUGCACUUGCUGACAAGCCAUUAGAAGGUCUACAGUUCUUGACUCUCAUCAUCCUACAUGACUUUGGGCAAUCAAAGAUUUCAUAUACUCUACUCGACAAUAGCUACCCUGAUUUCAGUUGUGUAACCUCUUUUCCUUUUUCUUUCUAUGCAGCAGCAUCAGCUGCACCUGCUUAUCCAUCGUACAGCUCACCAGUGCCUUCUCACAGGUAUACAAGUGUUGAUGGUGAUCCACAUUUCAUCAUAGACGUACCACAAAAAGACGAUGCUCUUUGUUUUAACAUUUAUGAAGAUCCAGGGAAAAUUUUAAACCUAAUCAGGGACCCAGGUACAGGUAUUACUAUCAAUGGACAGCUGAUUGGGAAUAAGAUGAGCAGUAAUGAUGCCCAGCCACAGAACAGUUACAUUGGUAGACUCGGGAUUCUCAGUGAAGAACUGAAUUUAAAACUUGAAAUAACUCCUGAGAAAAUCAUUCUACACAAUGGCACCAAGCAGAUGACAUUCACAUGGCUGGAUGAAGUUACCUUACUACACCCCACUUUGACUUUGAAAAUUAUCCGGAAGAAGAGUUUGGAAGUAUCUAUGGGAGAAGGAGCAACAUUUGUAAUCAUUUUACAUCAAGCUUGGCGGAAAAACCCAAAACAUGGAGAUUUUCUAGGGUUCUAUACAGUGGACAGUCACAGACUAUCUGAACAUACCCAUGGUUUAUUAGGUCAGUUUUUUCACCCAAUUGAUUUUACUAUACUUGAAGUCCAUCCUGGAUCUAGUCCUGAGAAACCAGAUGCAACCAUGAUUGUUAAAAAUCACCAGUUGACAGUCACCAGGGGAUGGCAAAAAGACUACACAGAAGAUUCAAAGCAUGGCACAAAUAUUCCGUGUUGGUUUAUUCACAAUAAUGCAGAAGGUCUGAUUGAUGGCACAUACACUGAUUAUAUAGUCCCUAGUCUGUUUUAGCCAAACAGAUUUAACUAUGGCUAUGGCAUUUUGAAACAAUAAAAUAUCAUUAUCCAUGCCACCCAUGCCCAAUGACUGCAGAGUCAUAAUAAAUCUUAACUUCUUCUCUUUAGUGAAAUACUCCUGUCCUAUAUAUUUACCCAAAAAAAUCACAAAUCACCAGAUAAUUUGCAAAACUGUGGCUUCCAUUCCUUUCAUUAAUUACAGGGUAAAUGUCUCUGUUUUUAAUAUUAGCUCUGAUAGUUUCUUCUCUGUAGUUAAAUGAAACAAAAUAUAAUGUUUGGAAAAUAUUUUUUUAAAUAUGUUAAGUAUCUUAGAAAAUUUUGUAUAACAUCUUAGAAAAUUUUGUAUAAUAUUUCCAACUGCUAUUAAAAUUUGUGCUUCAAGA